CACAUCUCUUUGCUCUGCUUCCUCGUAUAUAUGUGCGUAAAAACAGUUUGGCAAGUAUAAAAAGAAAGCGAUAUGUACCGAUAGAAAACUAUCAACCAAUUUUUAUUCAACUUUUGAACAUAAACAUAAACACACAUACACAUUACUUUCUUUAAUUUUAAAACGCAACAUUUUUAUUUGAUAAUAUCUUAUCCACAUCAAUUUCGCAUCGACUACGGGGGCCAAUUACAAAGCACACACUAUUUUAUUUUUCUCGCUUAAUAAUGAGCACAGCAUCAGAAACCAUUUCCCUCGCAACCUCGCUGCCGGUGCAAACGACACAAAUUGCUGGGACAGAAGGCCACCAGCGAUUUCAGGAAACAAACCCUCCACAUGCAUCCAUCCUGGGCUUGGCAGUUGUAGCGAUUUUUGCUAUAUUUAUUGUCCGAAGACGCGACAAACUCACACGCAAUGCAAGCAUUGACGCCUCCAUGGCGCAAAUAGCAGAUAUUGAGCAGCAAAGAGGCACAGCAGCCGCACUUGGCCAUACAAACCUUGGCAUGCAUCACCAGCGGAUGCUGCGCAAAAGUCCGCUCAUAAAUGUAUUAAAUAAACCCGAGCUACGCAUGCUUCCAAAAAUGUCGUUCAGCGAGUACUCUGCAAAAAACACAGUGAGCAUAUCGACCGAUUGCUGUGUCAUAUGCUUAGAGCCAUUUUCGGCGGACAACGAGGUGCGCAAGCUGGCUUGUAAGCAUAUUUUCCACGCCGGGUGUAUCGACAAAUGGCUUCUCCGGCGGUCAUGCCGCUGCCCGCUGUGUAAUGCGGAUACUCGCGGGCUCUUGGGCUUGCCGCAGCUGCCAAGCUCGGUCAAGCUGGACAUUAUUUGAGUCCCACCACCAAUGCCUAACGCCCUUGUAAAUAUAUAAAUAUAAAUAGCUGUAUUUUAAGUAUUUAGAGCCUGGGCUUGGUGGCAAGCGCCGCAUCAAGCAUGCGGGCGGCAAC